CGGAGGCCUAUAAAAUAUAGGCCUGGUUUGUUUCUCGUGGAAAGCAGAAGAGCUGCUCCUUUGGUAGUUGAUAUAUUCACUCCACUCUUCACUUGUUGUUUCGCUUUUCUCCCCUUCACGAGAAUUACACUGCUUUCUCAUUUAUUAAUUUCUCUAUUAUUGCUCAUAAUCUGUAUUUCAGGCCCGUGAUUGCGAUUACGGAUAUCACAUAAAUUCGCUAGAGAGAGAGUAAUCGAGAGAGAUAGAGAGUGAUCGAGAGAGAUGGCAAGUAGGAAUUUGGAGAAGAUGGCAUCGAUUGAUGCGCAAUUGAGGCUUUUGGCACCCAGAAAGGUGUCAGAAGAUGACAAAUUGGUGGAGUACGAUGCGUUGUUGCUCGAUCGAUUUCUCGAUAUUCUUCAGGAUCUGCAUGGCGAGGACAUUCGCGAAACGGUGCAAGACUGUUAUGAGCUCUCGGCUGAAUAUGAAGGGAGCACUGACCCUCAGAAGUUGGAGGAGCUUGGGAGAAUGCUGACAAGCUUGGAUGCUGGGGAUUCUAUUGUAGUUGCCAAGUGCUUCUCUCACAUGCUUAAUUUGGCCAAUUUGGCUGAAGAGGUUCAGAUAGCUUACAGACGGAGGAUUAAACUGAAGAAGGGUGAUUUGGCAGAUGAAGCCUCUGCAACAACUGAAUCAGAUAUUGAAGAGACAUUUAAGAGGCUUGUGGGUGAGUUGAAGAAGACCCCUGAAGAAGUUUUUGAAUCUUUGAAGAACCAGACUGUGGACUUGGUCCUUACAGCUCAUCCUACACAGUCAGUUCGCAGAUCGUUGCUUCAGAAGCAUGCUAGGAUUCGUGAUUGUUUGGCUCAGUUGUAUGCUAAAGACAUCACUCCUGAUGAUAAGCAGGAGUUGGAUGAGGCCCUCCAGAGAGAGAUACAAGCUGCAUUUCGCACUGAUGAAAUUAGGAGAACUGCACCAACUCCACAAGAUGAGAUGAGAGCAGGAAUGAGCUACUUUCAAGAGACCAUUUGGAAGGGAGUCCCUAAAUUCUUGCGUCGUGUUGACACCGCCUUGAAGAAUAUCGGGAUCAAUGAACGAGUUCCUUAUAAUGCACCCCUUAUUCAGUUUUCUUCUUGGAUGGGUGGUGAUCGUGAUGGAAAUCCUAGAGUGACUCCUGAGGUCACAAGGGAUGUUUGUUUAUUGGCUAGAAUGAUGGCUGCCAAUAUGUACUUUUCCCAGAUAGAGGAUCUUAUGUUUGAGUUAUCAAUGUGGAGGUGCAGUGAUGAACUUUGUGCUCGUGCUGAUGAACUUCAUAGAUCUUCUAAGAGAGAUGCUAAACACUAUAUUGAGUUCUGGAAACAAAUCCCUCCAAAUGAACCUUAUCGUGUUAUUCUUUCUGAUGUGAGGGAUAAACUGUAUCAUACCCGCGAACGUUCUCGUCAAAUCUUAUCAAAUGGGGUCUCUGAUAUUCCUGAAGAAGCAACUUUCACAAAUGUUGAGCAGUUUCUAGAGCCUCUAGAGCUUUGUUACAGAUCACUCUGUUCGUGUGGUGAUCGGCCAAUUGCUGAUGGAAGCCUUCUUGAUUUCUUGCGGCAAGUUUCUACCUUUGGUCUCUCUCUUGUAAGGCUUGAUAUUCGGCAAGAAUCCGACAGGCACACGGAUGUGAUGGAUGCUAUUACAAAGCACCUGGAAAUCGGAUCCUACCGGGAGUGGUCGGAGGAAGGCAGGCAGGAGUGGCUUUUAUCUGAACUCAGCGGAAAACGCCCUCUGUUUGGUCAUGAUCUUCCGAAAACAGAAGAAAUUGCUGAUGUGUUAGACACCUUCCAUGUCAUCUCUGAACUCCCAUCAGACAGCUUCGGUGCCUAUAUUAUUUCAAUGGCAACUGCUCCAUCUGAUGUGCUUGCUGUAGAGCUUCUACAAAGGGAAUGCCAUGUUAAGACUCCACUAAGAGUUGUGCCUUUGUUUGAAAAACUAGCUGACCUUGAGGCUGCACCUGCAGCUAUGACACGAUUAUUCUCAAUUGAUUGGUACAAAGACAGGAUUAAUGGGAAGCAAGAAGUCAUGAUUGGGUACUCAGAUUCAGGCAAGGAUGCUGGCCGCCUCUCUGCAGCUUGGCAACUAUAUAAAGCUCAGGAAGAGCUUAUACAGGUAGCAAAGCAAUUUGGAGUAAAGCUAACAAUGUUUCAUGGUCGUGGAGGCACAGUCGGACGAGGGGGAGGUCCCACACAUCUUGCUAUUCUAUCUCAGCCACCAGAUACAGUUCAUGGAUCGCUACGUGUAACUGUCCAAGGUGAAGUUAUUGAACAAUCUUUUGGUGAGGAGCACUUGUGCUUUAGGACACUCCAAAGAUUCACUGCUGCUACACUGGAGCAUGGAAUGCAUCCUCCUAUAUCACCCAAGCCAGAAUGGCGUGCACUCCUCGAUGAGAUGGCAGUCAUUGCUACAAAGGAGUAUCGAUCCAUUGUUUUUCAGGAGCCCCGAUUUGUGGAGUACUUCCGCCUUGCAACGCCGGAGCUGGAGUAUGGCCGUAUGAAUAUUGGUAGUCGUCCAGCUAAGAGAAAGCCAAGUGGCGGAAUAGAAUCUCUUCGAGCAAUCCCAUGGAUCUUUGCUUGGACACAGACAAGGUUUCAUCUUCCGGUUUGGCUUGGCUUUGGAGCUGCAUUUAAGCAUAUUAUUGAGAAGGAUAUACGAAAUCUUCAAAUGCUCAAGGAGAUGUACAAUGAAUGGCCUUUCUUCCGGGUCACAAUUGAUUUGGUGGAGAUGGUAUUUGCAAAGGGUGACCCGGGCAUUGCAGCAUUGUAUGAUAAGCUCCUAGUUUCAGAAGAGUUGUGGCCUUUUGGGGAGCGACUAAGAGCAAUUUUCGAAGAAUCUAAAAGCUUUCUCCUCCAGAUUGCAGGGCACAAAGAUCUGUUGGAAGGAGAUCCAUAUUUAAAGCAGAGACUCCGUCUUCGUGAUUCAUAUAUCACAACCCUGAAUGUUCUCCAAGCCUACACAUUGAAACGGAUCCGUGACCCCAGUUAUGAUGUGAAGGUGAAGCCACAUCUUUCGAGGGAAAUCACAGAAUCAAGCAAAAAGCCAGCUGCAGAGCUUUUGAAGCUCAAUCCAAUGAGCGAGUACGCCCCUGGACUGGAAGACACCCUUAUCUUAACCAUGAAGGGUAUUGCUGCUGGGAUGCAAAAUACCGGUUAAUUAACGGGUUGUACCGUCUGAUAUCAUAACUUGGUAAUUAUGAACUUAUUGGAGUUAUAAUAUGGCUUCUGAACUUGUCUGAGUUAUAUAAUAUGGCUUCUGAAAUUUAUCGAUUUGUUGCGGGUAUAAUUUUCUA